AUGGUGCAACUACGCAUCUCGCUUGCAUCGAGCUUGAUCACCUUACUACUAUACACAUUAGGUGUAACAGCCGAUGGUACUGGCCUAAUAGGAUAUGGCAAGACCCUUUACAACCCGCCAUGUACCUUUGCCUGCCGCAGCGUCAUUCGCAAACAGACGCUGUCAUGCACGCCGUCGGUCCCUACCGAGAACCAUGGAACAGCGCAUAAUGCAGUCUCUACGCCACCAAAAUGUUUUGUCCAGGACGCUUCCUACCUCAAGACUAUGGCCCUUUGUAUCGACAUCUACUGCACACUGAGCGACAACCCGCCAUUGGUGUUAAUUGAAGACUAUUGGGCAUCACAUCUCGGAACCGGUACCCUAGGCGACUACCAGUACGUGCCCGUAAUAUCAUACCAUGAUGCACUAUCCGCUGCACGAUAUGAUGAGAGCGAUGCGAUAGCCGGAAACUUUACCACAGCUUCCGUGUCUACAUCGAUCCCGGAAGGCUUAGUACCAUACAAAGUCUCGAGUCCCCUAGCCAUCACCACUGGGGGCAGCGGCGUUUUAAACAAGACCCAACUUGUGAGCCCUGUGCAAUGGCAACUACAGUAUAAUUAUUUGAUGGAUUUCGAGGCCAACGAGAAAGGUCAUAGCACCAUGACGCUUGUGAUCGCCGUCGUGGCCGUCUUCCUGCCCAUUCUACUUUCUCUCCUACGAUUCGUCCCAAGCUUGAAAUCAAGUUGGGGUUGGAGCUACGUAAAAUCCAUGCUCAUAUACCCUCCACUCGUCGGUAAACAUCACCGUAAGCCUGUGGCAGAGGCGAUAGUGGUACCGAAUCGGGGACAGAGUCUUUACAUUCUCCUGAUCAGCUUCCUCAACAUCAUCCUCCUAAUAGCUCCAUACUCCAUCACGCAACCACAAGCCAGCUACACAUCCCAGGACCAACAAACUGUCGGCAGCAUGGGUGAUCGUGCCGGGACAAUGGCGAUGGGCAAUGUUGUGGCAUUGUUUCUCUUCUCGUCUCGAAACAGCUUCCUAUUAUACCUCACGGACUGGAGCUAUAGCACAUACCUCCUACUCCAUCGCUGGCUAGGAUAUUGGGCUGUCAUCCAGACUGUCAUUCACUCCGCUAUGCUCUGGGGCCACUACGUCAAAUCCGGCAGCUACGCUGCCGAGAUACUGCGUCUGUACUGGAUUUGGGGUAUUGUUGGCACUGUUGCAGUUUGUGCCAUCGUACCAUUAUCUCUUCUCAAAGUUCGACAACAGUUCUACGAACUUUUCAUCAUCUCGCACAUUGCUCUAACCCUCCUGUUCCUCAUUGGCUACUACUACCACAUCUGGUAUGUCUAUCAAUACAAUUGGGGUUACGAGAUCUGGAUGUUCGUACCAGCAGGAAUCUGGGCGCUUGAGCGUCUGAUUCGAAUUGGACGAAUGGUCUUCCAAGGCAGCCAGACAGCCAUCGUCACUCUGAUCCCGAACGCGGAUAACGAGUACAUACGGAUUGAUAUAGAAGGUAAGGCUCUUACUGAAGGUGUUGCGUAUCUCUGCUUUCCAACCCUAAGUUGGCGAUUCUGGGAGACCCAUCCAUUUUCAGUCAGCGGCUCAAGCCACGAAGUCCAACAGAAUCGGUUGUCUCCUCAAUCUCACUCGGAAUCGAACUCAGGUGCUGGGCAAGAUGAGGACAACGAGAAAGGGUCUGUCGAGCAUACCAUCGCUGACGUGGCCAUUCGCGAGGCGGCUUCUUGGCACCCUACCUCAAUCACCACAUUCUUCGCACGCGCUCGAGGGGGCAUCACAAAAACUCUGACCGCCAAAGCUUCUGGGUCGCAUGAAAGGCAGUUUCGUCUGCGCGUCCUUAUAGACGGUCCGUACGAUCACUCUGGCCGAGUACUUUUCCAGAUUGCGCAGUGCAGCAGCAUGUUGUGUAUCGCUGGUGGUGUGGGUAUCACAGCGUGUCUACCUUUGCUUAGACAAAGUGAAACACGACCCACGAAGCUUUUUUGGUCAAGUAGAAAGCAUGGUCUUGUCGAGGGUUUGACUGCUUCACUAAACGCCUUAUCUUCCAACGUUAAGGUGGAGACCCUUGUUGGGCAGCGAUUCGAACUGGGUUCUAUCAUUUACAAGGAAUUAGUCGAUCAUGAAGCCGAUGUCAAGGGGCCACUGGCGAUUGUGGUAUCGGGUCCUCCAGGUUUAGCAGACGAUGUACGGAUCAAAGUCAUCCAAUCUGUGAGAGGUAGCGCUCGAACUCGCCCAUAUGUGCUUGUCGAUGAGGCGUUUAGCUGGUGA